CAGCGAAUGGCUGUGCGGGGCGGAUCAUUAUGGCCAUAAGAGAGACACGUGACUGACUGUGAUACAUUGUAUCAGAGUAGAUGAUGGUGGAUGGAGGGUCAGUACAGGUGGAUGGAAGAGUCCCUGCGGAGGACCUCUGAGCAGGCCAGAGAGGUGCUGGAGAGAGCCAGGCGCAGGGAGGUGGACUGGUGGGCCGGGCACAGACAUGAGGGAGUCCAGACUCCACCUGGGACGGAGGACUCUGAGGAUGAUGGGAGUUCGGUCACCUUAGAAGAAGCUUUUACCACCAUGUCGGACUUUAUGCGUCGCACCACGGAACAGUGCAAGGCUUAUCACAGCUGUAUACCACCACGGGGGAUUAACGAGCAAGAAAAGCAGCACAUUGGCCGAUUUCACCGCAGAAGACCCCCGAGAGCGGCGCAGAGGCUGGAAUCGCGCCUGGUGAGCAGUGCGAGCUCGCAGUCCGCUCACCCGCUGCACUCCGGCAUGAAGAAGACAGACCCCCGGGACGUCUACAUUGAGGUGGCCCCUGGAACGUACAGCAUAUCUGCCGGCUCCCCGGACUGUCCGGCAAAGACUCGUAUUGUGAACAUCACACCCGGGCAGAGCGUUGACUUAACCUUUCACGUCUAGCCGGAAUCUGCUGACACCCCCCUCACCGGAACUCUCCGCAGU